UGGGUGGAGUACAAUUUACGCUAACAGUUCACUGUAUGGAGAACAAGUAACUAGCUAGGCCCACACGUAAGGAACCGAAUUUCGAACUUUCCUCGUACUGCAGAUCAACAGUCGUGUGUGAUUUUGCAAGUAUUAUUUGCAGCAAACAGAAGGAGAUGGUCAUAUUUCUUUGAUCGUCGGGCUUCCAGCUGUCCGCCUUGGUAUAUCAUUUGAAGCUGGCCACAAGUUGUUUUGCUUGUCGGGGUGCACAAGUAGCACGUGAUACGUGAGCCGAGUUUGAAAUAUUGCAGUAUACAAGGAAUAAAUAUUCAUUUUGUGGUUAUUUUCUAGGAUUCCAGAUAACCGUAAUGUAUUGUAUCCACUAAUAAUGCUAUGGCUACUGUUUUGAGACAAGGCUUCGUUAAAACAGCAAGUUCUUUGAGAUAUAAACAUUUUGUUAACAAUUGUGUAAAUUUGCUAGUGAGAAACGCAGAGAUGUCAUCCACUGGUAGCAUACUCAGCAAAGACGAGGUUGCUUCGAUGAGAAUCAACUACAAAUCCCAUGGUUUGAAGCUGGAAGAAUUUGAGAAGAAGGAGCCAUUGGCAAUGUUUGAUGCUUGGUUCAAAAUGGCAAAGGAAUGUCCACUUAUUAAAGAAGCAAAUUCCAUGUCUCUGGCUACUGUUUCAGAGGACUUCAAGCCUUCUGUGCGUAUUGUCUUAUUGAAAGGAUAUGACAAUGCUGGAUUUCGAUUUUUCACCAAUUACAGUAGCCGGAAAGGAAAGGAUAUAGAGAAGAACCCAAAUGUAGCUGUUAUGUUUUAUUGGGAGCCAUUGGAACGUCAGGUAAGAGUGGAGGGAAAAGUACAGAAAUUGUCUGAGAGUGAGUCUGAGAAUUAUUUCCACAUGAGACCAAGAGCAAGUCAACUUGGUGCAUUGGCCAGCAAUCAGAGCUGUGUUAUUGAAAGCAAAGAGGUGUCUGAAAAAAGAUAUGCAGAUCUCGAGAAAAAAUACGAGGGUGUUGAAAUACCAAAACCUGACUGUUGGGGUGGCUAUCAACUGAUUCCUGAAACAUUUGAGUUUUGGUGCGGUGGAAAGGGACGCAUGCAUGACAGGGUGGUAUUUCGAAGGCCUGGCCCAGCCGACGCUCAAGGCAAAAACCCUUUUGCAAAAAUUGGAGACGAUGGAUGGGUGUAUGAGUUCUUGUCCCCUUAGGUAGGCUUUAUUCAGAAUAGAGUUCAAGAGUUGUAUAUUCAUGUGUGGUUUGCAAAUUUUAGUGAAUCGGGACACACAUGAAUACACAACACUUUAAUUGAAUGCACCGCCUGUCAAUCAACUAUUGGCUAAUCAAUGAUCGUGAUAAUACUCAGACGCUUUUUGAUUGGCCAAAUUUUUGAUUGACAAAUGGCUCACACCAUUUCCUAUCUGUUGAUUGCCUUUAAAAAGAUGUCCAAAAUUGCGUGUUUACUUCCAUUAAGCUCGUGUAGUAAAUUUUUUUAUUGUGCAUAUACUACAAUCA